AUGGAUGAUAAAAGCUUCUAUGUUGAUUGCAAUGACAUUGGUGUUGAGUAUCUAAAUGUCCGAGUCAGUUGUCCAAUGUCUGAAAUUCUCAACCAUGCUACAGAUUCAGUGUACUCACAAGACUUGCCUUGGAGGACUCCUAGUUCAUUCAACGACAGAAGGCCACUAGUGGUCCAAUUAAGCCAUUUCGAUUAUGGUGGCAUAGCACAUCAACCAUGUGUGUCAAAAAUGUACAGUUUCUCAUCCUCUAGUUUAGGCAGACUCAAGGAUACAGUUUCAAUGAAUCUAGGAGUGCAGAAUCCAACUCGAUUUGAAGUUGCCACAGCACUUAUACAUGAAUGUGGAAGGGCAGCGUCCAAGGCAAAUAAUUCAGGCAUAUUCAUACCAUCUCUAUCGUGCCAUCUAAUGAAUUUACACCCAUCAUUGCCCCUAAACACCAUUGGAAAUGGUGUUCAUUUCUUUAACACAAGAGCAGCGACAGAAGAUGAGAUUCAAGUGCCCCACUUUGUUGCUCAGCUCUGCAAGGCUAAACAACAUCAUCGAUAUCAGGUAGCCUCACGUUCACUUAUGGAAAUCAUAUUAGAGCCAGCAGGAAUGAAAGCACUUGGUAGUUCAGUACAAGGAAUGGAGGAUUUCUUAGAGGGAGCACUUCACUCUCUUAGUAGGCCUACCAGCACGAAUCCAGAUAAGUCAGGCUAG